GUGGUCUUUCAGGGGCGGGGCCAGGUGGCUGGGCUCGGUUCCCAUCAGGCGGGCCGCGCGACCGCGGCACCCAGAUGGAGCCGGGAGGGAGGGUCGCAGAGCCUUAGAGCCUCAAGCUCCGACCUGGUGCCGACCUUAGGAGCUCUGCGGGUCCCGACCCAGAUCUACAAGACUGAGGCCUGUUGACAGCACACAGAGCUCAGCCCCUGCACUCUCUGCCUCCAAGAGGUCCAUGAGUCACAAGAUGGAGAGGACUUUGCCAGCCAACCCUGGUGCCAUGGUCCCCUGUCCCACCAGUUUCCCCCAGGGUUUUGGAGAAUGUCAGCUGACAGAAGACAGAACCUGCAGGACCGAGCAGGAGGAGGAGGGUCUUGUGGUCCGCAGUCUGGCCGUUUACCACAGCCCUCCUACCCUCAUCCUAUUGACCAGAUCCUAUCAUGUGAUGAAUCGACCGCAAGGGAGCCUGGGAAAUGUAGUCGAGGUGCAUCCACAGGAAAACGGGGAAUAGUGUGGUGCAAAACUACCCAGUCUCUACGGUGGUUUUUCUUGGGUGGAGAUUCAUGGAAUCACAAUUAACUGCUAAUCUGGGCUCAGACCUAACCCCCUACCCCUUGUCCUCCAUCCCCAAAAGGCUGAGGAAGCCAAAUGACAGUCACACUGCAGGCUUGGAACAUAUGGGGCAGUUUAACAGACCGCUGUGGACCAGGUGAGGGUCUACAAGGGCAGCACAUGGCUCAGGGAUUGCCACUCACUGCCUGAGCGAUCUUGUGCAGGAGACUUAACUUCUUGGAAAAUGGGGAUGAUAAUGCUUUUAAAGUUGUCAUGGUGGUGAAAAAAUACACAGGAACUUUGUAGGUGCUUUUUAAAAGAUGGGUUUACUAUAAUCCAUGAAAUCCUAUGUGUUCUGACCAUGGCUGACCUCUCUAAUAAUUCCUGCCACAUUCCCUUCUUCCUCGUCACAGGGUCUUCGUUCCAGUUGCUGGAACCUUCCAAAUCUGUUCCUGCCUCAGGGCCUUGGCACUUGCUGUUCUUGCCAUUGGAAAACUCAUUUCCUAAUCUGUUCUUAACUCGCUGCUUGUCAUCCAAUGUAAGUUAAUCAAAGCAGCUGACCCUGAGCAUCCUAGGAAAAGAGGGCACUGCCUCAUGCCCUGUCUGCCCCAUCUGCCUCCCUAUCUACCACCCAUUCAGCCAGAGCCCUCCCUGUAACUAAGUGCUGAGACACAUCCAUGAACAAGAAACACAAAAAUCCCUGCCUGAGUGAGACAACAUCCUACUAGAGGAAGAUGGACUGUGAACAACAAAAAUAUGCCCAUCAUGUAUGCUUUGGAUGAAAAUUAAAACUAGAACACAGUAGGAGAGACUGGGAGCAUGGGUCUGGAAGUAUAUUUCAAUUUUAAGCAGUAGUCAGGAAAGGCCCCAGGGAGAAAGGUUUGACAGAGGUGGAGGAGGGACCAGUGGGAAUAACUGGGGCUAAGAGUGGCCCAGGCAGAAGAAAUACCCAGUGCAAAGGUUCUGGGAACAGAACAAGAGUUUGAACUGUUCAUUCAACCCAAGAGAAGGUAAGUGUAGCAGAAGCAGUGAGAGUAAUUCAGAAGUCAGAAAGCGAUCCGGGGUUCAGAUCCAGAGGCAUUUUCUGGAUACUGUGAGCACCUUGGCCCCUGGCUCAGAGUGAGCCGGGAGCCAUGAGGUGUUCAGCCUCUGUAACAGGGUUUAUUCAAAUGCUUGAUAAAUGCAGAGUCUCCGAAAGUCUGGGUGCAGUUUUAAGUUCUAAUGACCUCGGAAGUAGCCAUGCCACAAAAUUAACAAAAGACAUCACUGGAAGUUUGAUAACUUCUGUUUCUUGAACGCUUUUGUAGUCUUGUGAAUUUGGAAUGAUGUAUUUCCCACUUUAGUUUUGUCGGGUCAGUGCUUACCAUCUUCAAUCAGAGGGCCCAAAGCAAAGAUUCCCGUUUAAAAUGUAGUAUUCAGAAAUCACAAAGCAACAUAAGUAUCCAAGAAAGCUCAUAUUCAACCCAGUGGUAAGCAUGUAGCAUUUAUACUGGUGAAGUUCAAAGUUCAAAGCCACACCACCUUAGGCUGGGACCCAGUUAUUGGCCCAGAGUGGCUGAACUAGGAGGGUGGUGACCAGUGAAGUCCCCCACCCCACCAGCUAUCUUCUCUGUGUACCUUCUUCACCCCCUCUGGUUUGACCCCUACAAGUCUCCAUUGUGCCCACAUCUGCCCUGCUUUGGAUGGGCAGUGACCCCGUGCUGGUGAAGACCCCGGCUCCCCUGGGGUCCACUGCUGACAGCCUCAGGGUCUUGGAUGGGCAGCUUCGUGCCAAGGCGCCAGUCAAGCCAGUUCGAACACCUUCGUUUGUGCUGGACGGUCCCCAAAAUAAGGGGGCACCCACUGGCCACAGCUGCCCAGAACUGGGGCCCCUGUCCAUGCGGGUCCAUGAGAAGGAGGACAGACGUUUUGUAAAACCACAGGCCGAGGUCUCUUUCUGCCCCCUUGACACCCUUUCCUGCCUGCUGGGCCCCCAGAAUUGGCCUCUGGAACCCGUCCUCAGAGGCCUGUUCCUAGAGCACCAUCCUGGGAGCAGCCUCCACCUGCUGUUGGUGGCCAGGUAGGCCACGGGCCGCCUGGGAGUGACCAGGGCUCAGCGUGGUGCCGUGGGUCGCCUCUGUCCCCAGACCCUUGCGCUCGGCCUCCACAGGCAGGCGCUGGCGGGGCGCGCGGCCGCCCUGUGGGACCUGGUGGAGCUGGCGCUGCGGCCAGGGGCGGCGGGGUACCUGCUACUGGCCGCUGUCAUGGGCGCCCUGCUCAUGUGCCCCAGGUGCGCGGGGAGUGGGAAUGAGGUGUCCGGGUUGGCGCGCGCGUGGCGCCAAGCUCCGAAGGAGUCGCGCGGAGGCUUCGAGCAGGAGCUGAAGCCGCUGGCGGGGGCGCUGAGCGAGGACGCUAGCGAGCGGCAUCGUUUGGGGCCCCGCACCAUCUCCAGCCUGAAGCCUAAUCCAGCCCCAGGUCCCGCCCCCGCCCCGCCCUGUGCCCCGAACCGGGGCCAGACCCUCCCCGCCACAAGCCCCGGCGAGGUGGCACUGCCGCACGUGGCCCCCACCGUGCGCCUGCUGGAGGAGCAACGGCCGGGGCCUCUAGACGAGAGCUGAGAGCAGCUGCUGCGCACCCGGCACGCGGCGCGGCGCAUGACCCGUGACGCGCCCCACUUCCACCAGGCGGCGGCCCCCGCGCCUGAGAGUCCUCAACCUGGUAGAGCAGUACCCCCACUGCAUUCCGAGCCACACUCCUGGUCCUGGGGCCCCAGACCUCCAGCCCAACUCGAGAAUCUGCCCCCAGGGUCCUUCCAGCCGAGUGACCUUAACAGUCCUCUACCUCCAGCAGGGCCCAGCCUCCCCCAAGUCUACCGUGCAGGGCAGCUGCAUCCCCAAGAACAGCCCCUAAAGCAGGGCCCCCCGCAGAUCCCACCUGGACAGCUGCCCCUCACGCAUCCUGGCAGAGCCCCUCAGCCACCCACACCCACCUCCUGCAGAGAUCCAGGCGCCUCCUCCCCAUUAACCCUCCCCAUUAACCCUCCCCAAUUGUCCAGCGAGCAGGAACAGUGUCCCUCCUGGCCCCUUCAGGGUCAAAGUACCCAGGGGACAAGGCAGGUGCAGGAGGAGGGAGGGGCAAGGCCAGCACCUGAGCCCCACUCCCAGCGCGCCUGGCCCCGCCCCCGGGAUUCAGGCGAACCCGGAGGUGAGGCACAGGCUUCCGGAAUGCAGAGGCUGCUCUGGGGCAGCCCCGACGCGGGGGCCACGUGGUCCAUGCCGUCCACACGUCUGGAGAAGCUCCAGCGCGUCCUCAGCAUCCUUUCCCAGCGCCUGGAGCCUGACAACUGAAAGCACAGACCCCCUUCUUCAUAUUGGGACACCCAGGCUUUGGGAGAACCCUGGCCGGAAACCAAGAAGUUACCCCAGAUCCUGGGAUGGGGAGGAGCCUCCUCUCCCUGCACCCUAGAAGACCCAAGCGUCUGGAAGCCAAGAUGCCAUCUCCCAUGUCCCACCCACUCACAUAUAGCCCCCAAAUGGUGAACAGGAGGCUUUGAGUGUGGUAAGCGCGACUGCAGACCUAUAAGAGGCCAGAGGUCACAUGCCUUCUGGAGGCUAUUUGACUUCUUGACCUCUCUGUGCCUGCUUUCAACAUAAAAAGCGAGAUGGUAUUUUCCAGAGGUUGGCGUGGGGAUUAAAGCUCGACGCUUAAACGA